ACGUGGGAAAAUAACGUCUCGCUAGACCAAUCACAGGGCUCGUAAGAGGCGGUAAAAACAAGCACGGUGAUAAGCCUUUCAUGACAAAAAGUCGGCAUUUCUAAUGAAAAGUGGGGAAGGUUUUUGUCGUAUUUGACGACAUGUAGGACAAAAAUAUCAUGUCUGCCUCCUGUUUCCCGUUCGAACAAACGAUAGUGGCCCCGCCACGUGGAGUGACCGAGCAGGAACGGCGUAUGAUAGCGGCUGCAUUCCAUGAAUAUGAUGCUGGACAGAAAGGAUAUCUGAACAGAGAAGAUGUCAAAGUUGCCACAGUUUCCUUAUUUGGAUACAAGCCCUCAAAGUUUGAAGUGGACCAAGUCUUUAAGAAUGCUACAGAAGUGAAUGGUGAACAUGUACUGGAACUAGACCCCUUCAUCAAGGUGAUGUCUUCCAAGAUGGUGGCACAAGACAAGGAUGAAGAAAUCCGGCAGGUGUUCCUGGCCUUUGACACACACUGCCGUGGGUUCCUGACCUUAGAUGACCUUUUGAGGGCGUGUUCACAGGUGGCCCCCCACAUCCCCAGGCACAGGAUGGAGGCUGCCUUCAGGGAGGUGGACAGUGAUGGGGACAGCAGGGUCAGCUACAGGGACUUUGAAUACAUGAUGAAGUACAGCCUUGAUGACAGGAUGUGAACUCUGACCUCAAGAGCCUACAGUCAUUUCUUAUCGGAAUAUUUGACUUCUCCAACAUUUAAAUCCAGCAGUGGAUCCAAGAAGGUGAUCAAAGAAUACAUGUCCGUUACACAUACACAGGUUUUGGUACAAGUCUGGUACUGUACCUGUACCUGAACAAGUUUUCAGUAUUAGGCCACAGCAAGCGAAUUUUGUGGGUAACAUCCUAUGCAGAGUGCAAAAAUAAUGAGAUAGCACAAAAAAAACAAUGUAAUUAAUAAGCGUGCUGAUGUCAUCCAUAAAAUUUACUUGCUGUGGCCUUAGGUAAAGCCCUGAAACUGAAAUACUAACAAUGUUUGACAAGAUUAUAUAUUUCAUAUAAUUUAUAUACACGAGUAUCAAAAUGCAAUCCUCUGUUCAUGUGGCAGUGUUAAACAUGCUUGUAGUAUACAUGUGCCUAAUUAACCUACAACAUUCCAGAAAUAACUUAUUGUCUUCAACAAAGAACUAUUAUUUUUUUACAUAAUUGCAUUGCUGUUUGGCCUUGGCUUAAAUGGUCACUUAAAUGGUACCAAGGACAUUCUGAAGGCUGGAAAAUGGGCAAUUUGACCCUAUCAAGGUGACUACCUACCUUCAAAAACCUUUUUUGUUACCCUUGACUGAUCUGACUUGUAUUACCGGGUAUCUGCUAGGGGAUUUACACGUAUACCUGAUGAUAUCUGAAUGGAGAUUAAUAGUAAGUUUAUAAGUUUUCAAAAGUCUUGUACAAACUCAUUUUACAGAAAAGAUGUAAAUAUUGUACAUAAUCCUCAGGAGUAAAAGUGUUCAAUAAGCAAAACUAAGUUGUAUGCAUGUUUUUUUUUAAUGUGUACUAAAAGGAGAAAUGUAGGAAUCUUUAUAAAUCUUGACAUCAGCACUGGGCCCGUUAGCGACUUUAAUUUCCGAAAUACUUUCACCAACAGUUGCAAACACAUCCGUUCUCGGCCUCACUCUAAAAUAAGGUGUGCUACUCAAAUAUUGGGCUCAGUAACACAGUAUAAAUACUUAAUCAAUAUCCAGCAGAUUUCAAAUCCUUGUUGUUCAUUUUUUUUCCAGACGACACGCUUUUGAAAAUCAGUGGACGAGUGAUGAAAAAUCAGAGCUGACUGUGUGUUUAGUUCUGUUCAUCAUGCUUUGAAAUCUACAAACUAAAGACAUUGUUAAAAUGUUUGACAGUUUAACUGGUAAAAAUAAAAUGUAUCUGACUUUUGGCAGAGCUGAUCAGAAGUUAACCCGCAUACCUUGGGUCGCAGCUCAAUUGUCCUUCUCUCUCACUAAACGUUACUGAUUUUCAAAAGGGCGUCGCCAGCAAAGUAAUGAUCACAAUGAUUUGAAUUUUGGUACAUGUUCAUAAAAGGCUUUAUACUUAACUAUGCCCCAAAAGGUGAGUUGUUCAGUCACAUUAUUUCUGGGUUGGUCCCAGAACUUCCGGAUCACCCUUUGUACAUGUGACUAUGUAUGCUUCACACAUUCGUUCACAAUAGCGGAUGCGCCAUAACAAAACAACACACACGUCAUGAGGCCUUGUAUGUUACGUGCGAUGACAUCAGAAGUGCACGGCCCAAGGUCCCUCUGCUGGUAAUUAGAGGGUUUGUAUUGUGCUGAAGGAUUAUGUGCCAGACAAGGGUUCGGUAGGCCCACCGGCUAGGAUACUGUAAAUACAGUUAUGUUCGCGGGUAUUUACUUUCGUGGUAGCAGGAAAAUGGAGUUUUUGCUGUGGUUUUAAGUUGGCGUUAUAACUUAUAGUGCCAUACACUGCAGUCUCAUACUAAAAUGGAUAAAUGUUUGCGGCACUUUUAAGUGGUCACCGCAAGAAACGCAAACGAAAAGCCACCUCAAACAUUUCUGUAACCAUUCAAUUACAAGAUUUUGUCAGGGUAGCAAACCUUUUGAAAUAAAGUAUUUUUAGUGUACCAGUU